ACCGAAGUACCGGACAGAGCUGGCUCGCCCGCAUUGCCGUAUUCGUCUACCAGCGUGUCAGGUGGUCUACUCAGCAGGCUAUUAGGGAGAAACGCAUAUUCGGGGUCGGAGUGUCCAUCGCCGAUAUCGCGAGUCGCGAGAGUUUUGAUUCUGAUUUUGGUGCUGACCGGAGAGACCAACAUCCCUCGUUACUUCGUCGGUUUAAAGAACCGUUUUCCCGCGCUCGGCACCAAGUCGAUUUGCACCUGUUAACACCACUCUCACUCUCAACGUUGACCUGUUUGCCGAAUUUCGCGGCACAAAUGAUGAAAGGCCGUCAUCAGUUUCGUCGUCGUUUCAGUCUACAACCUUCGGCGCAUUUAAAAGAAGAACAAGAAGAGGCACCACCGAAAAAUGUCAGAAAUGACAGGCUGGCGGAGUCGGACAGCGGUGGCGGAAAAUCAACUGACAGUUCGAUCCGACACAAAAUUGUAAUGAUGGGCGCAGCAAAAGUCGGCAAGUCAGCGAUAAUUAACCAGUUUCUUUACAGUACUUUCACUCCGAAGUAUAAGCGGACCGUCGAGGAAAUGCAUCACGGCGAUUUCAACGUUUCCGGGAUCCAUUUGACUCUCGACAUUCUCGACACGUCCGGCUCGUACGAGUUUCCAGCAAUGAGAGAUCUAUCGAUCAAAUCAGCCGAUGCCUUCGUUCUGGUUUACGACGUCAACGACUCUAAUACGUUCCUCGAAGUAAAGACCCUUAGGGCUCAGAUACUCAGCACGAAAGGAGCCGUCCCGAUCGUGGUCGUUGGUAACAAGAUCGAUCUCGUAGAAAUGGAACAGGAGGUGGAAACCGAGAGCACGAGAGAAUUAGUUACUACAAAAUGGGAAAAUGGAUUUGUGGAAGUGUCCGCCAAGGAAAAUCUAAACAUUUCGCAAGUAUUUAAAGAGCUUCUCAUUCAAGCCAAGCUGAAAUAUAAUCUCAGCCCUGCGUUGCAACGUCGUCGUCGGCAAUCUUUACCACCACCGCAACACAUGAAUUCACGCAGCAGCAGCACCCACGUGCCGUCCCCAGCUCAGUUGCAACAUUUGCAACAGAUUCGCGAACGCUCCGACUCUAAAAGAAACUCCUGCAUUCUAUCAUAAAGCGAGAUUUUUGCUGGCACUGCCGCGCGAAAUCUCUCCUAUGUCUUAAAGUCUACGCAUACCGAAUCAAUCGGCGUCCAAUUAUAUAUUCGAAAAUUAUUUAACGUGACACACAACAGUUAAAGAGACCCCAAAAAGUCGAGAAGAUUUUGUCACAGGUUACGAAUAUGAUAUAGAUAGCUAUGCGGAAUUUGAUUGCGCAAGACGGCAAAGAAUGUCGUACUAAUUCGGUAUUCGUCCAUAAAAUAUUUAUAAAAAUGUUUAGGCAAAUUCACGCAUUCGAAAAGUUUUGCUUUAAUGCAAUUAAUUUUAUUUAUUUAAUAAUAGUUUUUUUAUAUACGAGUGAUUGGGUUUUAAUGAAAAAUAAGAAUUGUGUAUUGUAUAUUACUGGUAUUGUAUAUUACUCAAUAAAAAAAUAAUAAAUGUUACUGAAUCAAAGAUUACUUUAUAAAAAUGAUUAAAAAAAAAUCUUUUAAUAUCAUCUAUAAUUUUAUAAUUUGUUUUAAAACUCAAAAAUUUCUGAAUAUCUUUAGUAAUUAUGUAAAUCACACUUUGUUCAGAAAAAGAACAUAUUGCAAAACUUACUCGAACGUGUGCAGAAACACUAGAAUCUUGUCUCAUACACAAAUAGUUUAGAAGAAUAAUAUUCUAAAUACUUAAAUGAAUAUAUCAAAACACAAGAGUGUGUUCAGUUCCUUUUGUUCAAUCUACUGGAAUAUUUCCGAUUUGAUGAAAACGUACAUAAGUCAUUAACAGUUAUAACAACAAUGUAAAAAGAAAUAUCAUGAGUCUCUAAAUAUCUCUUCUUUCAACUUUGUGAUAACUAUCUGUUCUAACAAUGAACACUUUCAAAAAGUCAAUUUCUAUUAUCAUAUUGCGUGAAUAAAACAUCAUUAAUUUGGUCGAGUACGAAGAAUAUUUGAUAGUUUGUAGAUAUUUGGUAAAUAUAUCAAUUUGAUUAUUAGUAUUUCGAUUAGAAAGAUAUAAAUAUCAAUUCUUUUCUCCUACUUCUGCAACUUAUUGUAAGCAAUUUCUCUACUUGCCGCAAAACGAAACGGACUGAUAGUACUAUGUAGCAAGUCGUUUAAAAGGAUUGAGAAGGAUCAAAGAUGGUGCUAAAUUCAUCUUCGUAUUCUAUUAAAUUAAAAAAUUAGAAUUUGUGAAACUUUUUAAAAGAAAUUGCUAACUUCUGAAUAUGUGCAACUUCAAAGAUUUCUGAGAAUUUUUGUUACUAUUUGCAUUAAGAUAUAUUGACGAAACUUUAUAAUAAUGUAACGUUAAAUACGAGCAUUUUUCCAUUUUGUCUUUUGACUGCGAUCGGAACAAUGGUCUAAUGGAAAUGAACCAAUAGAGUUACUCGUGUCUCUUUCAAUCAAGUUUAUAUAAAGAUAAUAAUACUUCCGAAUUAUACAAUUACGUAGUUUUAUUGUUGCAGAUACAUUUUAAUAUCGUGUUUCAGGGUUAUAUACUUCGCACUGCCCGGCUUUUUAUUAUCAUGAAUUACACAUAUAUAUAUUAUAAAAUUCAAGAAGAUAAUAUGACAAGGUUUUAUCAACUAGUUCUACGUGUAUGAUAAGAAUUGGUUCUAUCUCAUUAUUUAAAUAAAUAUACUUUGUUAUACUUAGUUAAAACUUACUACAAAUACUAUCGACAUCAAUAUCUGUUUCCUUACAAUAUCAAAAAAAUGCUAACAGUGAAACAAGAGGGAAUCAAAGAAAACGUCGCAGUAUUACGCACUAGUAAAUAAAUGUAAAUUUUUCCGUAUUUAUACGAUCCUAUGAAUCAAGCUCUUCUAUUACAAAACUAAAAAACAAAAUAUUCUAUCUAUGAUAAAACAUGAGGAGUUUCAAAUACUUUCAAUUUCAGUAUGCUGAGUGUGAAAGAUGCAAAUAAAUAAAAACCUACACUUCAAAUUCACGUAUCAAGCGUAGAAUCUGUGCAACAUUUCACAGAUUGGUUAUUCAAAUGUAAUAAGACACUUUUUCAGCUCCUGUUCAUACCAAUCUAGAAAGUUUAUCUAAUGUAAAUACUGUCCAUAUGUCGUUUCAUUUUCAAACUAGAGCUCCGUACGUUCAUUUUCAAGUAUAUACUCGAUAUGUGCACGAAAAAAUAUUUAUAUAUAUGCAUCCCAUGUAUUAAACAUGUCAGUUGUUUCAAAUUGGAAAUUUGGAAAUUAGUAGCAAUCUGCUAAACUGUUGAUAAAACUAAUACUUGUGCAGUACACUUCCAAAUUCAAUGGUAUAAUAUCGAAGUAUAUAAAAAACAAUUGUGCUUGUUAAUGUACAUUCAGAUACGUGUUAGAUGUAAUAUAUAUAUAGAUUUAUCUUUAUAUGCUAUUCUUUUUCCACAAUAUGCAAUUAAAUUACAUUUAAUAUAAUACUUUUGACAUAAUUUUAAAUAGUUAAUG